CCCACAUCGUCAAGCUGUUUUCUUCACCCCCCCGUGUCCACUCGACGACUCCUCCAACCAUGGGCGAGGAAUCUACCGACCCGCACCGCGUCCUCGCACGUAACGCAGCCUGCCACCAGUGCAGGAAGAGGAAGCUGAAAUGUGACGCGCUCCGACCAACCUGCGGCAACUGCCAGAAGCCCCGCCAGCGUGGACCCAUCAAGUAUGAGCCCCCCGAGCCAUGCACCUGGGACGAGGUCCGCGACCCCAGCGCCCGUACUCUCCGCAAGCGCGAAAACAAGGCUGCCAUGCAGCGCAGGCAGCAGGCCGAGGCUGGCCUCGUUACCUCGGGACUGCCCUCUGGAGCACCCCUCACUUCGCCCACUCUGAUGGAGAACGGUGUCGCCAUCAAGCGAGCCCGCGUCGACAACGAGAACGGAGAGCUCCCAUUCCACAUCAACCCUGAGCAGCUUAGCAUGCACAGCGGGUCCAGCGCCAACGCCAACGACUUGUACCAGCCGACUGGCGACGCCGCCCUCCCCGAGGCUUGGUUCUCAACGGCCCCCAACCUCGUCAACAAGUGGGUGUCGAGCGUUCCCACCCUCCUCGCGCAGCCCCCACGAGAUGCGCCGGUCCCCGAGGCGACCGCCCAGGCCGGCCAUGGCCACCAGCACCGCAACAGCAUCAGCAGCGUCACUGGCCUCGAGCUCGUGUGGCCCGACUGGCCCGUCGACCUCCCCUCGCAGGAUGUUGUCGAGCAUGUCAUGCACGUCUUCUGGGACCGUGUUCCCACCCUCCCCAAGAUGUUCCACCGCGCAACCCUCUUCAGCAACCUCCAGCUGCCGCCAAGCCACCCCAAGUUCCCGGCGACAUCACUGCUCCAUGCCAUCCUCGCCGUCACGGCCUCCUACCUCUCCCCCGACGCCAUUGCCUCGCGUGCCUACUUCCCUGUCGGCGCCAGCGCAACCGACAUUCACCACCCCAACUUUGACUUUACGCCUGGCACAUCUGGUCUCCACCCAGCCUUUUCGUUUAGCUCCAACACAAACGCCUCUGACGAGUCGCCGCUCAACCGCUUCCAGAUGUGGCACCGUCGCAAGUCGUUUGAGGCCAUGUGCCAGCAUGUCAAGACGGGUCAGAAGGUGCUCCAGGGUAUCCAAGCUUUCACCCUUGUCCUCUGGGUGGAUGUCAUGAAUGCUUGGUGGACAGACCUCUGGAUGGAGUCUGGCCAGGCUGUGCGCAUCGCGGUUCCUAUGAACCUGAACGUGUCGUCCAACAUCCACUGCAACUCGUUGCUACGUAAUCCCAUGGACCUCGCGGGCCCGGCGCAGAGCGCGAUCGAGCAGGCGGAACGGGACCGCACCUGGUGGAUGAUUUACAUGACGGAGCGUGUCUCUAUCAGUGGCACUGCAUGGCCGUCCGCCAUUGACGACAGCGAGAUUACGGUCGAGCUGCCCACCAUGCAGCACAUCUUUGACGCUGGCGGCGAUGGCAUGGGCAGCCUGACGGGAGUGCAGAACCUCCAUGCCCCUGACCUCUAUUCAAAUCACCUGCCGCAGCACAUGGAGAGCUUCUCCUUCCUGAUCAAGGCGAUCAAGCUAUUCACGGAGACAAACACCUUUAUCCGUCGCUAUUCGCGAGGCGAGCACACCUACGCGAGGUACCUCGCGGACCCGGGACUGCGCAAGUGCCUCUCGGACAUCAACACGUUCAGGCUCAGCUACCCCGAGUCGAUGCGCCGACCGAUCCGCCAGCUUCCCGAUGGCGGAGAAGUCAUUGACGGCGAGCUCUUCACCUCGUUGACAUUGACGCAUUCCGCGGUCAUCAACCUUGGCGAGCCCCUCAUCACGUACCAGACCUGGUCAGAUGAUGCUGCCAAGAUGACCCUGUCGGCGGUGCGCGCCAUGCUGUCGCUCAUCUACGACGUCAAUGCGACCACCUACGACUUGACCCUGCUGCCGGCAAGCAACUCGUACCACUGGUGCCUCGCCGCACGAUGCCUGUUGCGCUUUAUCGCCGCUGCCCGUCUCUCGAACGAUCCCGUUUCUGCUCAGGUCUUCGAGGCCGAGGUCCAGGUGUUCGUCUUUGCGCUCAAGACGUUUGGCGAGCGCCACCCUGUCGGCCUGAGGCAUCUCAAGCUCCUCGACAUCAUCAAGGAGACGGCCAUGCAGCAGAUGACUGGCCUGGUCGCGAGCCUGUCGUGCACCAAGGACCAGGUGUUUGACACCGAGUUCUCCAACGAGAAGCCCCGCAAGACUGCCACGGCCAGCUCGUAUGCUUCGCCAUCAUCGUACACGUCGGGCCUGACGCCGACUGCGACGACGGCGACCACCAACACGGGCUUGGCGACCCCUUUGAUGCCGUCCAACACGACCGUGCCAGGCACGUUCUCUUCGCCGGGCAACAACAACUCGGCCGUGCCUGCUCUUCCGACCGUCGCAGGGCCUGGCCCUGGAGGACCCGUACCCGGACAACUCGGUCUGUCCGGAAUGGGCCUCUCUCCAACCAACACCAUGGCUCCGCAGUCCAUGAACACGACAACGGGAGCGAACUCCGCCGCCGCCCCGCCGACUGCUCCUGCUCCUGCUAUUCCCACCCUGCAGCAGGUCAACCAGGAGGCCCUGAGCUCGAUGGCACACUUUGGUGUGGCUGCCGUAAGCGACGUCCAGGUGCAGAUGCCCUCUUGGAUGAAGGGCUUUGACGCCUUUGACAUCCACUCGUACGCUUUCGACGUCGAGGCCAUGGCCAACUAUGUGUCGCUCACGGACCCCAACGCCACGUUCAACGGUGCCGACUUUGUCUUCCCGACCGCGUAGUCAAGGCAACUGCGAAACUGAACUGUAAAAAACGCAAAAAAAAACACCCAACAAACAAACACACGGACACAAUUUGUAUCCAACGACCUGCUUGACGAGCACUCGACACGGCAGCAACCUCGGGGCAGGCGACGCACGCUCCCCCGCAGCGUUGUGUAUUUUUACUGGCCUCUACCUGGCGCAGGAGAGGAUAUAUUUUUUGGGUUGUAUCGGUAGUGGAGGAGAGGGGGAAGCAGUUAUAUUAGGAAGGCAGAAGGAAGUAACAAAGAAGUGUAUGCAGUUCUUAAGAACAA